AUGGCUACGGCAGGAGGAAGAGGAGAAAAAGAAAAAGCCGUAAUACAGCGUAGACUAUGCAUGAAUGACGUUGUGCAGGAGUCCUUAGCAUUUCUCGCGCCCAUCGGAGGUUACUCGCAGAUGCCUCUUGUUUCACUUGAGCAAGCAGUCGAACCGCUUGUUCCCAUUCUACCAGAUGUUUUAAGUCAGGCAUAUGUCGCUAAACAAAAUUGUAAGAAACCUGCCGAUAACUUAACACAAGAUGAGUCUGCUUCAAUUAUGAUUUGCACCAUGGAAUGGGAUCCUCCUGAAGAAUGUCUCUACGUGGCUUUGAAUAAUACAUUACGAGCAAAGGAUCGACAAAAAAAACUGCAACCUUGGUAUCUUUAUUUGAGACUUUUUCUAAAUGCACUGUUCCGUCUUCCGUUGCUUUCAAUAACUGCAUACAGAGGUGUUAAACUGGACCUCAGUCACCACUAUAUCGACGGAGAAACGAUUGUUUGGUGGGGUUUCUCAUCAUGCACAAAAUCUGUAAGUGUUCUAGAAUCAGAUCUGUUUUUGGGGAAAAACGGCACUAGAACAAUGUUUGCCAUACACUGUAAGUCAGCAAGAGAUAUUAGCAAGCAUUCAUGGAGUUCAAUUGAAGACGAAGUACUUCUAAUGGCUGCAACGCAAUUCAAAGUAACCGGUUCUCUUAAUCAAGGUAAUCUUCACAUUAUUCAACUGGAAGAAACUGUGCCAAAGUUUCCACUUUUACAAUCAGUAACUAUUGGAGGUUCAUUACCAAUUCAUCCAAAUUCAUCUGGUGAGUGGGGAAGAUAA